AUGUUCACCCCAGAACAGCUCAAGAGUGCGGCAGAAGUGUUCCAAGCAAUGGCAAGUGGAACCCCACCGACCGGUCCCCCGGCUAAGCGACCUCUGAGUAGAGCUCACAACCCAGUGAGAAAGCUCCGAUCACUGUGGACGGGCUGCCAGGGAGAGCGAGACCGGCAGGAUCAGGAUCAAGUGGCUAAAUCCAAAACCCCCACAGCGCAGGUGGGAGAUGAAGAAGAGGAGGAGGAAGAAGUGCAAGAUACGAAAGUUCAGCAGCAGUCCUCUUAUCAAAGAAAAGGAAGCAAAUACCGGUGCAGGGCACCGGUAUCAUUGCAAAAUUCACCAUUCUCUAUUGCCAUCCUUCAGGAGCCCAUGGAGAUAAUAAAAAUGCCGACAUGCAAGUAUGACGGUAGAACAGAUCCGGAGGACCACAUAUCGGCCUAUGAAGGACACAUGCUGCUAUACACCGACACUGAUUCAGUAUGGUGUAAGGUGUUCCCCGCUACCUUAACAGGGCUAGGGCAAACAUGGUUCAAAAGCAUACCACCGGCAACAGUCUUCGAUUUCCGACAGCUCACAUUAAUGUUUGUCAUGCACUUUGUUAGCAACAAACGAAGGGAGAAAACUACCGGCGAGCUGAUGUCGGUCAAGCAGGGAAAGGUAGAAAGCUUAAGGGAUUAUAUCAGGCGUUUUAACAUCGAGGCUGUCACCAUUCCAACCCUACAACAGGAAGUCGCUGUUUUGGCUCUCAUGACGGGACUAAAAGAAGGAACUCCCUUCAGAAAUUAUCUCGGCCGGAAAAAGUUGACCAGCCUCACAGAAGUUUUAGGCAAGGCCAACGAUUAUAUCCGGGGAGAAGAGUUUGACAAGGCCUCAAACACUAAGAGGCCCGCAGCCGAGGAAAAGGGUAAAGAAAAAGAUCGAAAAGAAGAUAAAUAUCGGAAGGAUAAAAAGACGGACACCUCUUAUAGGAGAGAUGAGAGUAAUUCUGUGAAAAAAGGGCCAGAGGGUCGACCAGACAAGUAUCACAACUACACUCCUCUCACCACGUCCCGUGCCCAAAUAUAUGAGCUGCACAAAGAUGACGACAAGUGGCGUAGGCCUCGGAAAAUGUUUUACAAAGGCCGGGAUAAGUCAAAAUGGUGCGAGUUCCACAGGGAUCACGGCCAUAUAACGGAAGAUUGCAAAGACCUAAAGGACGCAAUCGAGGACCUCAUUAGAAGAGGAUACUUCACCCAGUACCAAGCAAGGGUCGACUGCAAGUCUCCAUCCCAAGAGGAUGAAAACGGAAAUAGACGGCCAGUUAAAGACAGGAUCACUAAAAUCCAUGUUAUAUCAGGAGGACCAACCUGA